AUGGUUUCAAUAGACUGGAGAAAUGCUAUGCCAUUGAACAUCAAAAGAAGGAAGCUUAAGGGUAACAAGAAUACAAAUGGCGAAAAUGGGGAUGGAAAAGUUGGUUUAGAGGAUUAUCGGGCGAUUGAUCCGAUACCGAGUUUGACAAGCUCGAUUCGACCGGGACCCAUUCAGCACGGCACACCGCUAUUCCCUUACAUUCCAGAACCUUCUCUUCCUCCUCCUCCUUUUACUCAGCCAAAGCAAGAUGAGUUACCUUAG